GUGCAGCCCUCCGUCCAGCUUUUUCACCUGACACUUCAUCAGAUGUCACAGCAGCUGCGUGUGAUGUUUGCAGUACAUGGAUUGGCAGUGGUGUUGCUCGUGACCUCAAUGACCUCCGUCGAGUUCACCAGUUGCUGGUGUCCUCCCUCGCAAAAUUGAAUGCUGGGAAAUCCCAGUCUCCUUUGUACAAUGAGAGUGCUGUUACCAUGGAGAAGUUAGCUGUGCUGGGAGCCUGGGCAGAGGUAUAUAUUGUGGCAGUAGAGAGGGAGCAUGAGAAAGAGACUAAACCCCCGAGGGAAGAGGAUGAGUAUGGUGAGAGUUCCCGAGAGAGUCUGCUGUCCCUGGUACAGCCAGAACUUCCCACUCUCAGUCAGAACUGGUUAGGAGCCCUCAGAGACUACGCAUAUCUCUCCCUCCCCACAGAAUAUUCUAGUCAGCUGCCAUCAGACGGGGGAACGUUUUACCACCCAGACACUAUAGAUAGUGCUAAGCCUCACUACAAAAAGCGCUGGACCCCGAUCCUUCAUGCUUUGGCCAUCUGGCUCCAUGAGACAGGCUUCUCUGUGGGAGAGAUGAACAAGGAGAGUGACAAAAACUCCAGUGUCCCAGCGAAUGCCCCAGCCAACAUGAAGAGGGACGAGAUCAACUCAGACAGACUGUAUCUUAUCCUGGGUAUUUGUGUGGAAGCCUUGUCCAAUCCUCAGACUGUUCUGACAACACAUGCUGUCAAUGGCAUUCUGAAAGCACUGGCUGCAGUUCUGAGUUCUGAUUGGCCAAAACAACAAAUAGGGGCAGACCCAAUCCUGUCCAAGGAAGUUCUGAAUGUGAUGCACAGAGUAUUCCUCACCCAGGAAAAUGUGUACACACAGCUCUUAGCUGUCAAAGUAGUCAAAGCUGUGCUGCUAGCUGGCAAAGAUUGCCUUCAACAAGACAGAACAAAACUUAAAGAAAAGGAACUGGACACUCCAACAAGUACCAGCUCUGAGUCAGAGGAUACCUCAGACAGUGGCUCCAUGGGAGAUGGAGGGGAGGAGGGGGACAUUAUUCCUGAGAAAUCUGUGGUGUAUGCGGCGUUAGAGGUGUGUCUGUGUGUGAUAUCUAGACAGAUUCCAGCCCUCAACCCCUCAGCUCCCAGCACUGGGUUCCAGGUCCCGACAAGACUCACCAAAAUGUCAGAAGAAAACUGUUCACUGGUAGCUUCCAUAGUGCUUAUUCUGGCAGACCUUCCUAAUAUGUGUUCCAAAAAUGGUUCCACUUCAGUUCUUCCUACAAUUCUUUUCCUCAUCACUGGUGUUUUACGAGAGAUGUCCAAUAAAGGUGCCGAGAGGAAGUCCCCCGUCCUGGUACAGGCCUGUCUGACAGCCCUCCGUACUCUGUGCUCCUCCUCAUUUCUGGAGGAUGAAGAAGUAGGAAGUAAAUGGAGGGAACUUCUCAGAAGUGCUCUAGUCACUGUGCUCCAAAAUUCCAAGCCAAGUGAAGACAAACCUGGUAUGGAUGAAGUGACUCUGCUUGCCACAGUGACAAUGUUUUUAGUUUGGGGCCCUAAGGAGAUAGCACAGACUCCCUUUAUUCAGAAGCAAUGUGUCACAAUGUUCAAGGAUUGCUGGGAAUCCAAAAGUCCAGAGGUUCAGCUGAAGUGUUUACAGAUGUUUACCUCUGUGAUACAGAAGUUGGACACCAAAGAUGCAACACCGUACAUACGAGGGGUAGCUGCCAAAUUCUUGGAGUAUUUACUUAUAUUAAAGGAUGAUAAAUCUGGACUAGAUUCCCAGCAGGCACUGGUGACUGCCUCUCUGAACUUUGCAGAAGUAUUGGUAGCCAAGGCUGAAGAUGACAAAAGGAUGACCCUGCUUUCUUUGUUACUUCCUGUGUUAGUAUCUUUCCUGGUGGAUGAGAAGAAAUACUCCUCCGUCUCUAAACCUACCCAAGCAAUCCAUGACGACUGUUUACAAAGACUAGUCAAAUUAGGGCCCCUAUAUCCAGAACAGUUUAAGAACAUCAUGUUGUCACAUGCUGACCUUAAAUUAAAAUUAGGGCUAGCAAUCAAACACAGCCAGACUCAGCUGUCUUCGCAAAAGAAGAGAGAAGAGGCAGCGGCAAAUCAACAGAAGAUGAGCCAGCUGCCAGCCAAACCUACCAUAGCAUUGAAAACGAAUUUUGGAAAUUUUGCCGCAAGUUGACAGUGAGGAGUUUCAUUGUUGAAUGAGCUGUGAUAGUGCAAUGUUUUUUUAAAUAUAUAUACAUAUCCCAAUAUUUCCACUUUGGGAUAACUGUUAUAUUUGUUAUCAAGUGUGUUCAAUGGAGUUGAGUGAAGAUUUUUAUGUGUUUAUUGAAAAGUACUUGAAAUAUUGUAGUUUCGAGGUUUCAAAAGCCAUAUUUUUUAGUACUUUUUAAUGUCACAACUAAUUUAUUAGGAUUAAAAAUUUCAUAAUUUCUGAAAAAAAAUUGUAAUCAAAGGGUUUUUCUUCUAUGAAAAUACAAUCUUUUUCUUUUUCUAAUCAACAUUUAAUAAAUGGCAUUUAAGACUAUUAAUCUUAAUGUGUACCCUCUGUUACAAAUAUAAAUGUACAUUGUAUAAACAGAGAUAUUUUAGCAAGUUAUUUUAGUGAGUACUACUAAAGGCAAAUUAAUAAAAUUAAGUUACAUAUUUUUAAACUUGAGUAAUGAAUUCAGAGGAAAAAAUGUUAGAAUUUUAAUAAUUCUUUUUUAAUUAAUGUUAAUCACACACUGUAUAAAUUAUAUUCAGAAAGAAGAUUAAGAUGUUUUUACAUGUACAUUCAUGUAAUUUCUGUUUUCAAAUUCAGACAUGUAUUUG